GGAUGAACAACGCGCGAAAAAUAGAAAAAUGACGUUUGUACAAGUUGCAUUUUGAUUUUCUUCAGUUUUUGUUCUCUUGUGUUGUUGUUUAUUUCAUACCAGUUUAUUUUUUAAUAUCACAAAAGAUGCCCAGAAAAGUACGUUGUAAAAACAAGGCAGUGAAAUGGUUAAGUGAAGAAAUACUAGAUUCCCAAAGUCUGUCAAAUUCAUUUUACUAUUACGAGAAAUUUCAAUUUCAACAAAUUGUCGCUGGGAUCGGUGAUUUUGUCCUAAUCUCUAACGCCGAUGCCGCUGAACCAGAUACGGAAGAUGGUUGCGAUGCGGCUCGCAUUGUGGCCCUGUACGAGGAUAGAUCCAAUAAUAAUGAUCCAUUUAGGGCUAAAGUACAGUGGUACUCCAAACCCAGCGACCUACCCGCUUCAUGCUUUAAUAAUAUGGAGCCGUUAUUGUUUGCUGAAAGAGAGGUUGUUGAAGACCAUAGGCCAUUUGAAACUGAUGUGUCAAUUGAGACCUUUUUCAAGAAAUGCUCAAUUGAUUUGAAAUUUACAAAAGAUGUAGACGAAGAUCAGAGUCUACCUCUGUACCAUUACAUCUGUCGCUACAGACUCAUAGCUUUAAGUAAACGAAAGGUGCAAUUUGAACCUGUUAUGGAGCAAGAAAGAGAUGCUUUACGCUUACUUUCCACACCCAGCAAGCAUACUUUGACACCAAAAACACCAACAAGUUUAGUCAAACGAAUGAGCCGUGUUUCUAUUUCAGAACAGAAAAACUGGAGUAUAUCAAAAAGUGAUGGAACAAAAUUACUAUUGAAAAGGGCUAUAUUAGCAGAUAAAAAUGAAAAAGACUCACCAAAAAAAGCAACACCGAAGAAAGUUACAGAAACUCCAAAAAGCUCCAGAAAACUUACAAAAAAUAACAUUGAAGAUAUAUUGUCUAUGGAAUUAAAAGAAAAUUCUGAUGAAGAGUUGCCAACUCUCAUAAUCAGACAGCAUGUUCCUACUACUCCUAAAAGGAAGCAAUCCAUCUCUAAAACUACAGAUGAAACCCCAAAGAAAGUAUUAGUAUUUGAGGACGAUGAGAAAGAUGUUCGUACUCCAACCACUACCAGAUCUGGCAGGAUAACAAAGAUUCCUGUAAAUUACAUAGAGGAAGAUAUAUCUCCCGUUAAACGAACACCACAGAAGUCUAUACGUAAGAUGAAUAUUGAUGAUCAUGAAGAUGAUUUCAAACCAAUGCCAAAGCCACCUAGGACUCCCAGGACUCCUAGGACACCCAAGGUAUCCAAGGCUACUCCUGUUAAAACUCCGAGAAGAUUGAAGAUAACAACCAGUCUGUUGACACCCACUUUGCAUACAAGAGCUCAUUCUGUGGAUAAUACUGAUGACUUUUUGAACGAUAACAGAUCUCUCCCUGGCAGAGAGGCCCAAAUGGAUGAAAUCCUCUCAUUUGUUAGGUCUAAACUUUUGGAUGCUACCAGUGGGUGCAUGUAUAUAUCAGGAGUGCCAGGCACAGGCAAAACAGCAACCGUGUGUUCAGCACUAAAGAUCCUGAAGGAGGAAGCUGACCUCCCAGACUUCCAGCUGGUGGAGGUGAAUGGCAUGAGGAUUGCUGAGCCCAGGCAGGCCUAUGUGCAGAUUUACAAACAACUUACUGGGAAGUCUGUAGUCUGGGAGCAGGCUUGUUCAUUAUUGGAAAAACGGUUUACAAAUCCUGGACCGAGAAGGACGCCAACUGUCUUAUUAGUCGAUGAGUUAGACGCCCUAUGCACGCGACGCCAAGACGUCCUGUACAGCAUCAUGGAGUGGGCGGCGCAUCGUUCCGCUUUGCUCACUGUCCUAGCUGUCGCUAACACCAUGGACUUGCCGGAGAGGGCGCUGGCGUCUCGAGUGGCUUCGAGACUGGGACUCACUCGGCUGACCUUCCCACCGUACACUCACCAGCAGCUGCAGAACAUUGUGGCCACCAGACUGCAGGGGGCUGACGUCACCCCUGAUGCCGUCCAGCUUAUUGCUAGAAAAGUAGCAGCUGUGUCCGGAGACGCGCGUCGAGCGCUAGCGCUAUGUUCCCGGGCCCUGGAGCUGGCCACAGACCACUCGGCGGGGCUGCGGGAGGUGCAGCUGGCGCUGGCCGAGGCUGCCUCCGGAGCCUCUGUCCGCGCUAUACGGAACUGCUCCGCGGCUGAGAGACUUAUGCUGAGGGCUGUUGCUGCUGAGGUGGAAAGAACCGGUUCAGAUGAAACGACACUCUCCCUCGCACUGAGCACUGCGGCCGCCCUCGCGUCGCUGGAGGGCCGCCCCUAUAAAUCAGCCGCCCGCGUGCGCGCGCCCAGCCCAGCGCAGGCGCAGACCAUUUGCGCGCGCCUGGCCGCCAUCAGGCUGAUACUCAUUGAGCCCAGGCCGGCCGAGCCGAGGUUACUGUUGAAUGUUAGCGCCGAUGAUGUGCAUUAUGCGACUAGGCAGAUCUCCGUUUGAUUUUUAUUUAUUUUUUUAAUUUCAUGUUAGUCGAGCGCUUUAUUAUUUCUAAGAGCGAAAAGGAUAAUGAAAUGAAAAGUACAAAAAUAAAAAAAUAUCAUCUUGACUUUUGCAAAAGAUCUGUUUUACACAACUUGUAGAAUUCAUAAUGUUGACUGACUUUAUUAAAAUAAAAAUACAUUUUAAUGUUAA